UUGACGUUUUCAUUCUAAAGUGAGGUUAUAAGUUAUAACAGGUUAUAAUUUAAAAUAUCAAAAAUUGUGAACUUUUAAAAUUGUUUUUGUUAAAAUAAAUCAAUUUUUCGCAUUAAUUUAACGAAACAAUGUCUAAUGAGACAACUGAGAAAAGGCAAUUUACACCACAAGAAUGGGUUUAUUUAACGAAUUACUUCGUAGGAAACAAUUACAGAUACAGAGAGAAUAUAAUCAUACCCAAAAAUUUAGGACCCAUACAAAUAAAAACGAACGAAGAAAAAAUGGUAGAGGCGUUUUUCGAAAGUUGCCCCUUUAAAGUAAUAAUGAGCUGUGUGGCAGGAUAUGGUUUGGGGGCAGUUAUUGGAUUAUUCUCAUCUAGUAUAGGGCCCAGUUCAGCAACAAGUAUAGAAACCCAAACGGCAAGACAGGUUUUUAAGGAAAUGAAAACGACAACUUUAAGUUAUGCCAAGAACUUUGCCUUGAUCGGUGCCGUUUUUUCUGGAGUGGAAUGUACAAUUGAAACGAUGAGGGGAAAAUCUGACUGGAAAAAUGGAACUUAUGCAGGUGCUGUCACUGGAGGAAUGAUAGGAUUGAGAGCUGGUGUUAAAGCUGGCGUAGUUGGAGCUAUAGGAUUUGCAGCAUUUUCAACAGCAAUUGAUUAUUAUAUGCAUUCACGAUCUUGAAAUCCCCCUUUUUUAGUUCACAUUGUAUAUAGUAGGGUAGAUAUAAUUUUUAAGUAAUUAAAAAUGAACUAUAAAAAA